GGGAAGCUGUGGCGGGUGGAUUACAGCCUGUGGCCUGGUCGGUGCUGCGUUUCCCGUGCUGAGCCCAGCUGCAGUGGUGCAGAAGUGAAAAGCAGCCAUUGAUGUGGAUGAUAUCAGUGUGUUUAGGUGUCACAUCUGACAAAAACCAGAACGACAUGGUUUAUGGGCACAUUGUUUGAUGUUGCGGGAGUGCUUCACAGCCCCACAUGAGCGGAGAACCUCACGGCCAUGAGCGGAGAACCUCACGGCUUAAUAAGAAAACAUCCAUUGCACCAACUGAUGUUCUUGUUUGUCCUCUGCGGAUGGUGGAACGUUUCCGUGACUUGUGUCCUGAGGAAGUGGCCGAUUUAUUUUGUACAGUGCAAAGAGUUGGCAACGUGGUGGAGAAACAUUUCUGCAGCGCCUCUCUCACCAUUUCAAUUCAGGAUGGCCCCGAAGCUGGACAAACGGUGAAGCACGUUCAUGUCCAUGUCCUUCCAAGGCGGGCCGGAGACUUCAGCAGGAAUGACGAUGUCUACGAGGAGUUGCAACGACAUGACAAAGAGGAUUCCCCUGACAAGUGGAGGACAGAAGAAGAAAUGGCAGCUGAAGCAGCAAUUCUGAAGAAGUAUUUUCAGGAAAAUUAGAGGUAACAAAGUGGUUGAAAAACAUCCCGUGACUUAAGAAACUCCCCAGAAAGACAGAUCUCUCUCUGCAGUUCUCCGUGACCCUGGAGCUGCAGCUGAACAAUUUUAUUGUGUUCUACAAAUAUGGGAUUCUUCCAUGAAAAACUUUAUUGGACCUUUGGAUAUCAUCAAGGUUGAAUUUCAGCUAAGACAACUAACAGCGCUGAUUCAAAAUAUUGCUCUGAGUAGUAACUCAUAUUUUUCUGAAUUGUGUACUUGGGAAUGAAUCUUUUUAAAUUGUCCCUUGGCUUAAAUUGAAAUAAAGUGCUAGCAAAAUCAGGUAGCUAUUCUGUUUAGGUACAUUACAAAGGGUUUACUCCGUGUUGUGCUUUUUGAUUCAGUUAUUGUAUGUGGGCUAUUAUAUCAUAGAAAAAUUAGAUUUUUUAGCAGUAUGACAAUUCAUAAAACCCAAGGCUUUGUUACAGACUAGCCAAGAUAAACUUGGAGAGCUACUCUUUUGUUGGGUAAGGUAGUAUAACAAGAAAUACAACACUUCCUAAGCUCAUUCCUUUCUCUCUUCCUUUCAAUGCAUUGUCACUAUGCUUCGAGAGCCUAAGGUGAUACAAAACACUUCUGCAAAUCAAUGAAUACGUAAAGCUGCUAAUGGCAUAGUAAUCACAUUAAGGUUAAACUGGCACGAAAUGUCCUGCUUCCAGCAACAAACAUGAGUGGGAGCCACCCAUGUGGAACGCUCCCUUGGCAAGAAAUGCCCCACACAGAAAGAAACCUGCCAUGGGUUAGUUGUUGAUCGCUAACAUGUAAUAAAGGAAAAGAAGCCAAACAACAGAUGGAAGAGAGAAGAAAUGAGUCUGCAAGAUAUGCAUGAAAAGAGCACCCGUCGUCUUGCUCUUGAAUUGUGGAGAAGCGACAGCCGAAGGUUUUUGUGUCCCCUGAACUCAGGAUGGAAAACAAAAUCCACCAAGUCUUUCAAUGAGAGCCAUGCCAAGGGGGGCACAGGGUGCAGGGUCUACCUGAAGGCUUGAGGAGGUCAGAGUCAGGUCCAAACCAGAGCCUGGCAGUGCUUUGCAUGUCUGGUAGCACAGUGUGGCCACUGUCCAAACAAAUAAAAAUGCUCCACAACAGUCUGUCCUGAAGGGCUGCAACCUGACCUGAGAAGUAUGAAAAUGCACGAUGGAUGAAUUCUCAUAACUUUUCCUAAGUAUCUCUCUGCUAUAUACUGCAGGUGAGUUCAGUUCUUUGGUUUGAAGUCUUUGUGCUGGUCAAAUAGAAAUACUAGAGCAAAAUCACUGAUGUUUGAUUCCAGAUUUUACUGUGAUCCUGUUAAAAUAUUGCUCCUGAAAAGCCACUUGGAGUCAGAGAUUUACCAUGACCCAGUGUGGCCACCAGUAUCUUCCAUUAGCCCUUUUGAAAACUCUAGAGAUUGUUAUACGCCAUUUCUUGUUCCAUGCAGCGCAAAUGGAAAGUGCAUUUUGAUGGUGUCUGUACUUUUUAGACCCUGAACAAGGGCUGAAUAAACAGGAAAUGAAGGUCAGGGGGCAAGAAGUGACAGUGAAGAAAAGGUGAGCAGCCAGGAUGGUCAAAGAUGCUGGCAAAUGGGCCAACACAUACAGUUGUCCUUUUGCACUUCAAAACUAAAACCGGCUGUGAUUUCACACAGUAGGAAGACAAUGGUUGUGCUGCUGAAAGGAAAACCUGAGCAUCAGUUACGUUUGCAAGGUAUUUCCGAACCUGGUGCUCAAGGGCUUCCUAUUAAGUAUGGAAUAUUCUGUAUUAAUUCUGUAGCCUGUGAUGAGCGAGUGCUGUGCCAACCAUUUUGCACAGGGGCUGCGGAGCAGAUGAGUGCUGAGCUGUAUGGAAGAUUUCAUUUCUGUAAAUGAGGAGGCCGUUAUCACAGCACUAAAGGUCCUGUUUGGGUUUUUUU